GUGGCCGUCGUCGUCGGUUUCUUGCGGCGCUGUCCGAAAAAUCAAAAAUAGCCGAUGUGCCAGUCAGUGCGGCGAUGUCGACGGCGAACGACGUUUCGACGGUACGGUUCGGCCGGUGGUGGUGGUGCUGGCGGAGACGAAGGAGGAGUACUACCUGCGGGCCAACAACGAUGGGAGGAUACGCGAAGACGAUCGUCCUUCUCGGUGUGGUCGCUGUGUUAUGCGCCCUCCUGGCCACCGUGGACGCCGCCGCGAAGGCAAAAUCUGACGAGCCAUCCCGGCCCAAGGGAGGCCACAAGGAGGCCGAGCCUGUCAUCGAGGAAGUUAACGCGAAGCAACUCGAGCGGCUCCUCAACGAGAAGGACUUUGUUGCCGUGUACUGGUAUGCGAGAAGUUGCACGACAUGCGACAAAGUGUUGGCCGAGCUGGAGAAGAUUGACGACGACACGGAUCAUUUCGGUGUCGAUUUCGUCAAGAUCAACGAUAAACGACUGGCCAAGCAAUAUGGCAUCAAGAAUUUUCCAGCCCUCACAUACUUCCGCGAGAAGGAACCGAUCAUUUACGAAGGUGACUUGAUGGAUGAAGAAAACGUGUUAGAUUUUUUGACAAGUCUAGAAGCGAUGGAUUUACCUGAUCGUAUCGAGGAAGUUAAUUCAAAGAUCUUGGAGAAGAUCGUCGAGGAGACAGAGUUCGUGGCAGUCCUUUUCUGUCCGGAUACGCAACGGUGUGCUGGCGUCGGUUCUAACAAACCUGACUGCAAAAAGUGUCUCAAGGCUCUUCAAGAAUUGGAAAAUAUCGACGACGAGGCCGAUCAAUUGGGGAUCGGUUUCGUGAAGAUCGCGGAUGAACAACUCGCAGACGAGUAUAAUCUAGGUCCUCUUCCGGUUCUGGUUUACUACAGGCACCAAAUUCCUAUAAUUUAUGAGCACGAGCUUAGCAGAGAGGAAGACGUGCUGGAAUGGCUGGUAGCGAACAAGAGCACAGGAGAUGAAGAGGAUGUGAUCGAAGACGUGACUGCGAAGACUUUGCAAACUCUGAUCGGAAAUAUCGACAACCUAGUCGUUUUAUUUUACGACCAUGGUGACGAGGAUUCGAUGCAGGUGUUGAACGAGUUGGAAAAGAUCGAUGACGAUUGCGACAGGCACGGGAUUCAAUUCGUGAAAAUUGACGACGAGAAGGCAGCCAAGGAUUUCGGGAUCAAUUCACUUCCGGCGAUCGUGUAUUUCGAAAAACAAAUCCCGAAUCUUUACGAUGGAGACGUGGAGAACGAGGAUGAGAUCUUAGAGUGGCUGCUGUCGCAAUUGGAGAAGGACGAGAUUGAGGACGUCACCGACGAAAUGUUGGAUCGUCUGAUCAAAGAUGGGAAAACCCUUGCCGUACUAUUUUACGACAACAACGACCGGAAAUGCCAAAAGAUUCUCAAUGAACUGGAGAACAUUGACGACGAAUGCGAUCAGAUAGGGGUGACCUUCGUGAAGAUCGACAAUGCUGAGGAAGCGAAGGAGUACGGUAUCGAGAAAAUUCCCAGCAUGAUCUAUUUCGAGAAGGGAAUACCCACGAUAUACGAGGGAAAUUUGGAGGACGAGGAAAAAGUUUUAAAGUGGUUGGAACAGCAACAGAAGAGCGAUCACAUCGAGGAUAUCACCGACGAGAUGCUCGAUAUGGUCAUCGACAAGAUGCCUCACGUAGCCGUCCUCUUUUAUGAUAAGGAUCAGAAGAAGAGCCAGAAGAUCCUUGGUGAAUUGGAGAACAUCGAUGAUGACUGCGAUCAACAUAACAUAGCGUUCGUGAAGAUUUCCGACCUCAAUGAAGCCAAGGAAUACGGCAUCGAGUCUCUGCCGACGCUGGUAUUCUUCGAAAAAAAGAUUCCACACAUAUACGAAGGCGAUCUGAUGAACGAGGAUCAACUGCUCGGAUGGCUACUGCAUCAGAAGAAGCACACAGAGAUACCUGAAGUGACGGACGAGAUGAUGGACAAGCUGAUUGAGACUUCGCCGUACUUGGCAGUCCUGUUUUACGACAAGGACGACAAGCAGGACAUACGCAUCCUGAACGAGUUGGAAAACAUUGACGACGAGCUGGAGAAGGAAGGUAUCGUGAUCAUCCGUAUGGACAACGACGCCGAGGCGAAGGAAUACGGUAUCGAUCACCUUCCGACUCUGGUUUACUUCGAGAACAAGAUCCCGGCCAUCUACGAGGGCGAUCUGUUGAACGAGGACGAGGUUCUCGAAUGGCUGAUCGAGCAAAAGAACACUGCCACCAUCGAGGAAGUCACGGAUGAGAUACUGGUCGAUCUGAUCGAGGAACAUGAAUACGUCGUCGCAUUCUUCAGUGGAGAUUGUGAGGACGGUGACGAGUGUGAUAAAAUUCUCAAAGAGUUGGAGAAUAUCGACGACGAGCUGGACGAAACUGGCAUCAUCUUCGUCACCACAGAGGACAUGGGUUUCGCGAAGAAACAAGGAAUUAAGACCUUCCCCACUUUGGCUUUCUUUAGGAACAAAGAACCUUUGAUCUUCAAGGGAGAUAUCGAGGAUGAAGACGAGGUUCUCUCGUGGAUCACCGAUGAAGAUACACUCGAGAUCCCUGGAAAGAUCGAAGAAGUGAAUGCCAAGAUGCUAGAGAACAUUCUUGAGGAGAACGAUUAUAUCGUUAUCUUCUUCUAUAAGGAAGGCGACAAGAAGAGCCAAAAGAUCUUGCAAGAGCUCGAGAAUAUCGAUGACGAGUGCGAAGAGAAAGAUAUCGAUUUCGUAAAAAUUUCGGACGAAGGAAUCGAAAAGGAAUACGAUCUUCCUGGUCUACCGGCAUUGGCGUUUUACAGACACAAAUUCCGUCAGGUUUACAACGGUGAUAUGAUGCACGAAGAAGCGAUUUUGGAUUGGAUAUUGGACCUUCGAACUCAAACCCCGGACGUGAUCGAAAACGUUGACCGGAAGACGCUGCAGGUAUUGAUCAAUGACGUCGAGCAUCUUGCUGUAUUCUUUUACGAUGAUAAAUGCGAAACGUGCCCGGAAAUUCUCGAAGAUCUAGAGACCAUCGACGACGAUACCGACAAACACGGUAUCCAAUUCGUUAAGUCAAACGACGCGAAAUUAGCCGCUGAAAUCGGCGUUUUCGCAUUUCCGGCGCUCGUUUAUUACGAGACUGGCGUGCCCAUCAUGUACGACGGUAAUCUGCUAGACGAGAGCGAAGUGCUCGAUUGGAUGGUGAAGCAGAAGACGGACGAAAGUAUUGAAGAGAUCGAUCGUGACACCCUGAACAAAUAUAUCGAGACAAAAGAAUUCCUGGCUGUCGUUUUCUACAAAGAGGAAGAUCCAGAAAGUCCUAGAGUACUUAGGCACAUCGAAUUGAUCGACGACGAGGCAGCUGAAUACGGCAUAAAGAUCGUCAGGAUGAAGGAUCGAUUAAUGGCGAAGAAGUAUGGGUUCCGGAAUCCACCCGGUAUCACGUACUUCCGCAAAGGGAAGAAUAUUAAUUAUGACGGAGAUAUAGACGACGAAGAGGAAAUCCUCGAUUGGCUGACCAAUCCUGAGAACAUGGAGCUGACCGAUCACAUCGAACGGAUCAAUAAGAAGAUGUUUCACAAAAUACGGCAGACCACUGAUUAUUUGGCGGUGUUCUUUUACAGCAACGACUGCAAACAGUGUAGCAGGGUAUUGACAGAGAUCGAGCACAUCGAUGACGAGGCGGAUAGCGUGGGAAUAAAGUUCGUCAAAAUCGAUGAUAAGCAACUCUCCAAACAAUAUGGCGUCUUCGCAUUGCCCGCGAUAUUGUUCUUUAAAAUGUCCUCGAAGGAACCAGUCAUUUACGCAGGCGAUUUGUACGAUGAGGAUCAGAUAUUGCAAUGGUUAUUAACGCAAAAAGAUCCAUCCGGAGAGGUAAUCGAAGAUUUGGAGGGAGAAGAAUUGUUGCAUUUGAUAAGAGAAUCGGAAUCAUUAGCAGUGUACUUCUGGAACAGAACGCUUUGUGACUUGUGUCAGGCAAAAUAUCAGCGGAAGCAGACCCGCCACAAGGAGCGAAGGAUCGUCGAACACGAUGCAGCCGAGGAACUCGAUGAUGCCGAAGAUUGCGAUCAGUGCAUGGGUAUUCUCGAAGAAUUGGAGAAUAUUGACGAUGAUUGCGACAGACAUGGUAUUACAUUCAUAAAGACACAAGAUUUUAAAGUGGCAGAAGAUUAUGGGGUCACGGAUUUUCCUGUACUGGUUUAUUUUGAGAAUCAAAUACCAAAUGUGUUCGAAGGAGAUUUAAAAGUGGAAGAAGAGGUUCUACAAUGGUUAAUUACUCAGAAAACGGAGGAUCGAAUAGAAUUAAUUACCAGAAUGAUGUUAGAAACGUCUGUUGAAGAGACUCAAUAUCUCGCCGUGUAUUUUUAUAAACUGAACUGCCAUAUAUGCGACGAGAUUUUGGAAGGAUUAGAGAAAAUCGAUGACGAAUGCGACGUGUUCGGUAUUCAUCUGGUAAAAAUUCAGGAUCCUCAGCUAGCUAAGCGAUAUUCCAUUAAAACUUUCCCUGCCCUGGUGUACUUCAGAAACGGCAAUCCUCUUUUAUUCGAAGGUGAUUUGCAAAAUGAGGAAUCAGUUCUCGAAUGGUUGAUCGAUGAUGAUAAUCGAGAACUGGCUGAUGAAAUUGAAUCUGUGAAUGAGAGGAUGUUGAAAAGACUUCUCGAAGAAUCUCCAUUCUUAGCUGUAUUUUUUUACGAUGAAGACUGUCCCGAAUGUGACGAAAUUAUGGAAGCUUUGGAGAAAAUCGAUGGGGAAGCAGAUUUAUUUGGUAUUGAUUUCGUGAAAGUUCUCAGCACAGAAGCUGCAGAGAAAUUUGGGAUUCUUAACGUUCCAUCACUUGUUUAUUUUCGUAAAAAGACACCUCUGAUUUACGACGGCGAUCUAACUCAAGAAGACAAAAUUCUCCAAUGGUUGACUUCUCAAGACGUUUUCGAAAUUAAAAACGAAAUCGAAGAAGUUAAUAAAAAAAUGUUGGAUAAAUUGUUAGACGAGAAUGAAUUUCUUGCUGUAUUUUUCUAUGAACACAAUAAUAAAGAAAGCGAAGAAGUGAAUGAGAAAUUGGAGAAUAUCGAUGGAGAAACGGAUAAUUUGGAUAUCACGUUCGUAAAAAUGGCAGACACAAGAUACGCCAGGAAAUGGGGUGUCACCAAGCUUCCUGCCAUCGUCUAUUUCCGCAAAAGAUUCCCCAGUAUCUAUCGAGGUGAUUUACACAAAGAACAAGAUGUACUAGAGUGGUUACGCAAGAAUAGAUAUCGUCAACCAGAAUUGAACAUCUAUAUGUAUAUGCUAAUCGCGAUCACCGUCCUAUUCGCCAUGUACACCGGUUUCUUAUUGUCGUGUUUCCGUUCAGAACCAGCGGCGCCUGCGUCGCACCCUAAGCAAGCGUGAUAGAAAAAGAAAAGAACGAGAGAGAGAGAAAGAGAGAGAAAGAGAGAGAAAGAAAGAACGAAAGAAUGUAGAUUUAUGGAUUGUUGCUGCGCGAAUGUGCAUUGUUGUUAUUGUUGAUCCGACUUGCUUUAUGUAAGAUUAAAUGGCAGCCGUUCGUCCGGAACGAACGACUCGUACCAAGGCUCGACGAUUCUAGAGGAUGACGAUGAAACCUGUCUAUGUAUUUUUUUUCUUUUGUUUAGAAGAAACAAUUAAAAAAAAAACAUAUAUAUAUAUUAUUUGCGUAAUAGGUUCAAGUUAUCCGUGAAUUCGGUGAGCGCGUGGUAUGUUUGUUUAACGUGGACCAAAUCCAUCGAUUUUCUAUAGGAGAUUUAGACCUCUGUCAAAUUGAAGAAGACGCGAAUGUGUUGCGAGCAUAUACGGAGCGAUAUUUUCGCGGGAGUUUAUUCAACAUUAUUCCAAAUAAAUUACCAUUAUUAGCGUAUAAGCUAAAAAAUAUUUGUAAUUAUAUACGUUUGCCAUAUUGUCUCUUGUUCGUAAUUUAAAACAUCGUGCGACGGUAUUAUAUUUUUAUUGUAUUGCUUUAUAACGAUAGAGAUAUAUUGUAUCGUAUUCCAUUCACUUUGUAUUAACUUUUGCUGAUUCGAUGAUUUUUGCUGCGUUUUUAGAGUGAAUAAAACUGAUCGACAAAUGUGUACAUUGUUAUUUGUUGUUUUCGUGGAAUGUUACUAGCAAUCAAUCGACAAACAAUUUGUGAUUUACUUUUUUUUUUAUUUUCUUCUUUUUUUCUUUUUUUCUUAGGUGUUUUUGUAACUUUAAUCGACUUUAAUCGACGGUUAGUAUUGACAGUGGUCUUGUUCUUUGACUCGAGUAAUUAUCUUUGGUCCACGUAUAAUUAAAUAUUCAUAAGAUCAUUGAUAAUCUGCGUAUUUUCUCGGAUCCUCUGAUAAAUCAUCACCAACAUUUGUUGAAUGAAACGAGAUGAUGAUAUACGCGAAAUGAGUGAAUAUAAUCUAUCGAUAUUCAUAUUUUCAAAAAAAAGGCAAAUAAUGAUAAUAUGAUUAUGAGGAAUAAAGAGCAAAAUCC